AUUCUGCAUGAGUUAAAUCCUACCUUCAUCAUCCAAACUAGCCCGUAAAGUCGUCACCUUUGUCGAUUGCUUGACUUGAUUUGUCGGUCUUGUCCCCUAAACUUUCAAGGCUUGCUCAGUCUCGAUUUCUUGGCUCCACUCAGCGCAGGAUAACAUUGCCGCGCAUUCCGCGAGCUGGAUAUCAAAUCCGUCCACUCCAAAAUAGCUCAUCUUGAUUGUCCGGGUUUCCAAAGAUGCUGAAGCAGAAUCCUAGCUCCGGUGGCCGGAGAAGUUCCGACGGAAACUGCGAGGUCGCUCAAACCUAUUGCUCCUCGUACGGCUGGGCUUCCACGGCGCCGCGGACCUGCAGGAAUCUUGUCGCGGUCUCCGUGAAGGUGUUUUGUGCGUGCUUUGGCUUGAAGAUUGAGAGAUCUACAAAAGAAGAGCCGGCCAAGAACUUCAAAUCUCCUUCCUCCACAUUUUCGGGAAGCAGCCAUGGUGGAUCCCAAGGAAGCAGGAUGAGAAGUUCAAGUAGAGGAUUGUAUGCCACAGGAUCUAAUCCAUCCCAAAAACAACCUGGUAAUAAAAAAUUUACUUUACAGGAGAUUUCUAAAGCAACUGAGAAUUUCUGCUCCUCUCUUAAGAUUGGGGAAGGAGGAUUUGGGACAGUUUACAAAGGAAAUCUUGAUGAUGGAACCUUAGUCGCAGUUAAACGCGCCAAGAUGGGAGUCCGCGAUAACUGUCGGAAUAUGGAGUUCCAGACUGAGAUAAAAACCUUGGCUCGUGUAGAGCAUUGCAAUCUAGUCAGGUUCAUUGGAUAUGUAGAACAAGAUGGAGAGAAAGUAGUAGUCGUUGAAUAUGUACCUAAUGGAACUCUUAGGGAGCAUCUCGAUUGCUUGCAAGGAAAGCCUCUUGAUUUUGCUGCACGUCUGGAUAUUGCAAUUGACAUUGCUCAUGCUGUUACUUACCUCCACAUGUAUGCAGAUCACCCUAUUAUCCACAGAGAUAUUAAAUCAUCCAAUGUUCUUCUUACAGAAACACUACGUGCUAAGGUUACAGAUUUUGGAUUUGCUCGCUUUGGUAUGAAUGAAAGUGAAGCUUCCUAUAUUACCACCCAGGUUAAAGGGACUGCAGGUUACUUGGACCCAGAAUACCUCAAAACCUAUCAGCUCACAGAAAAGAGUGAUGUUUUCUCCUUCGGUGUUCUGUUAGUGGAACUAAUUUCUGGGAGGCGUCCUAUAGAACCAAAAAGGGAUCGUAAGGAGACAAUAACAGCAAAAUGGGUUAUCAAAAAUUUCUCUGAGGGAAAUGCAAAGGAAACACUCGACCCAAAUCUCCCAGCGAGCCCUUCCACAAAUUUUGCCCUGGAAAAAAUCCUUGAAUUAGCAUUGCAGUGCAUGGCACCAACUCGACAGAAUCGGCCCUGCAUGAGGAGAUGUGCAGAAAUCUUGUGGAGAAUUCGCAAGUAUUAUAGAGAGCUCUUCAAUUCAGAGCCUCCCUCUGUGCCUUCACAAUGGAGAAAUUCUUCCUCUAAUGGCAGAAUGGAACCUCACCAUCUUUCUUCUAAAUCAAAAAAUGAAGCGAGUAAAAGCUGCAGCGUGCAGCGUUCAGCUAAACAAGUGUAUUGUAAGCAGAAUUGAAGGCUGUAAAAAGAAUAACACCACUGCCAAUAAUAAAUGGUCAGUUUUUAUAUCAUUUGGACAUAAUGUAUUGUAUAUUGAUAAUUUGCUGGCCUUAGUUUAUAUUGGAGUUGGUGGAGGGACUGAGAGUUUGUUAAGUAAAGAAGAUUGUAAGAUACAGCUAUGGCAUGAUUAGAUGAUUAGUCUUAUUAUAUUUCUGCUUGUAUAAAUUUUAUUAUAUCAGUACAGUCAGAAUUGUCAGAGAAGGUUUUUUUU